AUGAGCAUGACUCUCGUGCGAAACGCAUUCAAAGGGUGCAGCGGAGACGAAUCCAGUGUGGAACUAGCUGAAGUCAGUAACGGUGGGGCGAGUACUGAGGGCGGAGGUGGUGAGAGUAGAUCGGCUAAGCAAGAAGAGAGGUGCCCGCAGUGUGGUAUUCUCUGCCGGAACCUUCACGUUCUCCAACUCCACCUCGAGGACGCCCAUAAAACCGCAUUCGUCAUUGAUAAGCACGAUCUCAGUGUUCAAUUUUCUCAAGUUUCCUGCAAAGUUUGCAGCAAGACUUUUGCUAACGUUUACCGUCUACAAAGGCACAUGAUCAGCCACGAUGAGAGCGCAGUAUUGCGCAAAUUUAAAUGCCCACACUGUGAAAAGGCAUUUAAAUUUAAGCAUCAUCUAAAAGAACAUCUACGAAUUCAUAGUGGAGAAAAGCCAUUUCAAUGCAACAACUGCGGUAAACGUUUUUCGCACUCGGGUUCUUACUCGAGUCAUAUGACGUCAAAGAAGUGCCUGAUAGUAAACCUAAAAAAAUCACGACAAAGCACAAUAAGCAGUAUAGAACGGGCGACUAAAAAACCUCAAAUACAACAGGGAGGAGGACAGUCAUUGCAGUCCCGUGGUGCUCGUGAAAUCGAUAUUCAUGCUGCUAAUAACAAUACUUUUUUACCAAUUCUUCCCAAGCUCUCGCCGUCAGACUACCAUGAGCUGCAGCGAGAAACUACGGGCAUUUAUGAUAUGCCAACUCUGCUACCUCCGAUAGUUAAUUUCAGCAGUUUAUUUCUUCAAUCGUCGCUCGGUAAAAUUCUCAAUCAAUUACAGACUAAAAGAUUAGACGAGGUUGCGUCUGAACAUUACGAAGCGCAUCGCGAGACUCUGAGCCCAUCGACCGCGGAUUCUGAAGAAACUGAAGGAAAAUAUUCACCGGUGCCAACUGAUCCUCAGGGCUUAGACGCAGUGCGUCGUAUUUUAGAGACGGUAAAUACUUCCGUGACAAAACAGUUGCUUGAAGCUAAUGUCAGAAAACUCGCGACCUCGCCGGAAACGAUAAAGCGUGAGUGUGAUGAAGACUAUCACGAUCAGGAUAGUGAAAUGUCCGGUGAAACAACUCACUAUCAAGACUGGCAAACUGGCGACCAGUAUGACUCACAGAGCGAAGGUUUAGCAGCCAAGCUGGAGGACGCAAGUCAAUCUAGUACGAAAGCUCGGCGUGGAUCCAAACGAAAAGCUGAAGAAGGUUUUGCACCUGAAAGUUCCAUAGAGGCUGACUCUGACGAUGAGGAUGAGUCGAAUAAAACCCAAGCGGAACCCGGAAGAAGAGUUAGAGCCCGAUCACUUAUCGACGACGAACAACUGGCCGUCCUCAAGGGCUACUACGCCAUAAAUCCACGUCCCAAGAAAGAAGAAAUUGAUAUGAUUGCUAAUUAUAUUAAUUUUCCGAAACGUGUCGUCCAAGUUUGGUUCCAAAAUUCUCGUGCUAGAGAUCGUCGGGAAUUAAGAAUGCCUGCCCUUGUUCCUCUGGCAAAUAUUGGAAAUCACCAGCUGCCCUGCAGCCUAGAGCAGCCUUUAGAUCUAUCCAAGAAAGAAAGUCUCACAAUAACCCCCUCAGUUAAAGACAAUGAUAUUAUUAGCAAUAGAAAUAACGUUUCAUCACCCCACGAACCAAAAGAUUAUAAUAAAAUCAUACAAAUGACUGUGCCUCAUUCGGAAGUUGAUGAUCUUGAUGAAUUACCUUUAUCUGAGCGUGAGAAUGAUAGGCCUGUGCCAGAUGCUCCUCCUUCGACAGAGACCGAACAAGAGGGCGUGUACGUGUGCGAUCAAUGCGAUAAAACCUUCUCCAAGCACAGCUCACUUGCUAGACACAAGUAUGAACAUUCCGGGCAAAGGCCGUACAAAUGCGAAGAGUGUCCGCGGGCUUUCAAACAUAAGCAUCACUUGACGGAACACAAGCGUCUUCAUACCGGCGAAAAACCAUUUCAGUGCACCAAGUGCCUAAAGCGCUUCUCACACUCUGGAUCUUACAGUCAGCACAUGAAUCACCGGUCCUCUUACUGCAAACCGUACAGAGAAUAG